AUGCCUCCAAAUGGGAAGGCCUUACAUUUUCACCCGUCAGUUCUGCAUUUUGGAAUGCAAUUACUGGGGUUACCCAGAGCUAAAAUGCUGCACGCCUACAACCCUAGUAGAGAUAGAGAAGUUGUAGUGAAUUCAGUGUUUACAGCUACUAGACAGUUUCAUGUGUCUCCUCCUCAUAGCCGGGUGAUUCCUGCGAUGGGAAAAAUCUCUUUCAGAGUACUCUUCCUGCCAACAGAAGAAGGCAGUAUUGAAAGCGCAUUAUUUAUAAAUACCUCAUCUCAUGGAGUACUUUCAUAUCAGGUUUUUGGAAUGGGAACUCUGAUGUCCUCUCCAGAAGAACCUAGAGUGCAGCUAGCAAACACCUACUUACUGCUUCCACACAUUCAAAACAUCCGGGCAUCACACACACUGGCAGAAACUACGAAUGCCAGUCUUUUACGUGUUCACCUUGAAUGCAGUUUACCUAAUGAUGCAUAUCAGCAAGUUAAGAGUUGCUGUUUUACGUCUGAUGCACCAAUGCUGCUAGAAAUGAGCUUAACGGUAAGAAUGGAAAAUGCCCAACAAGAUUUUGUGGAGCACAGACAAUACUUACUGGAGAAUCUUUUUGUAGUUUAUGUAGCAAUGGAAAAUACGAAGACCUUGGGUGAUUCCUCAGUGGAUGUGUACGUCAUGCAUUCUGGGAACAGCCUUGUACAUAUACAGGAAAUACGGCAGUUGUCACAAAAAGAAACAUCACCUGUGGAGUUUGAGCCAGUACUGCUGUCUUCAUCAUCUACUAACUUUACAAGAGUUGCUUGGAUUUCUUGUAAAGCUGCAUCCUGUGACAGUGAAAGUCCUUAUGCUGACAAGAAGAGUAAUCAAUUGGAAGGCACUACAACACUAAAAGCCUGUCUUUCCUGUCCUGUGAUGGAAUGGUAUUUUGACAUAGAUCCUUCUGCAGCAUUGUUUCAUAUAGAACCACAUCAUAAUACUUCAGGAUUUUGGUCCAUAUGGUUUACAAACAAUUUUGACUUCAGCAUUGAACUGACUGAAGUCUUCAUAGCCAGAGAAACGAAAAAUGUUUUAAAGAUUCUGAACUUCGACGAACCUUUGACUCUACCUCCAGGCUGCUGGAAUGUAUUUUCUUUGAAGCUCAGUGUGAAAGACACUGAAACAAAUGUGCUCUCUAGUAUUUGUUUGGCCACAAAUGUGGGAGUAAUGUUUGAAAUACCUCUGCAGAUAUAUUCGACUGUGUCCAAGGAGGGAGAUCUUCAUUUUGAAGCAAUUGCACACUGUGAUAUUCAGUGUUACUUGGGAAAGUCUGAUUCAGCAAAUCUGCUUUGGCAGAAGAGUCUCUCUCUGGACCGUUCUGCCUGGGAUGUGGAUUCUGAGCUUGCAAGUGAACUUUAUGAAAGAUGGCAAAAAAUAAGACGUGGGGAAGCCUGCAGGAGAAGUAUUUUAGGAUCGUCUCGCUUUGUUCAUCAGAAGCCUGACGAGGAGUCCUUUGCCUUUUUCUUGCCACGGAUGACUACAGAGCCUGGCAUUACGCUCAACUUCAGUGCCACAGCAGUUAAAAGUAGUAUGGUAAAAUAUUUUGUACUAAGAAACCCUUCAUCCUUCCCAGUUACGUUGCAGCUUCUGCCUCUUUCUUACUACCCUGAUCCCCAAGCUUCACUGAGUCUACUGAACAAAUGGUUCAGCAUAAAUGUGCAAGCUAUUAAUUUCACAACCACUGAAUUCAGGCUCAUGGAUGAAUGUUCUCACAGGAAUGCAUAUCAGGAGGAUCUCAUCGACCAGAAAUGCAGUUCUGAGCUGCUUUGGUUAAGUUUACAGCCACUGGAAACUAGAAAAGUUGGUGUAAUUUUUACACCAGUUGACUACAGAAGAGUAGCUUCCCUUAUUUUAAUCAGAAACAACUUGACUGUUCUGGAUGUGGUCAAUGUAGAAGGCUUUGGAGCCAAAGAAUUGCUUAAAGUAGGAGGAAGACUACCUGGUGCAGGAGGAUCUCUUCGAUUCAAGGUGCCAGAAGCUACACUAAUGGACUGCAGACGACAACUGAAAGACAGCAAGCAAAUCCUAUCUAUUACGAAGAACUUCAAAGUAGAGAAUAUUGGGCCUCUUCCUAUAACAAUUUCAUCAAUGAAAAUCAAUGGUUACAGUUGCCAAGGAUAUGGAUUUGAAGUGUUAGACUGUCAGGAAUUUUUCCUGGCUCAGAACUCAUCACGAGAGAUCAGCAUUGUAUUUACUCCUGACUUUACAUCUUCAUGGGUAAUCCGGGAGCUUACACUGGUGACUGCUGCUGAUUUGGAGUUCCACUUCACGCUCAACGUGACUCUUCCUCACCAUCUGUUACCACUGUGUGCAGAUGUGGUGCCAGGACCCAGCUGGGAAGAGUCUUUCUGGAGGCUCACUGUCCUCUUCGUAAGUUUGUCUCUGCUUGGAGUGAUUCUAAUAGCCUUCCAGCAAGCCCAGUAUAUUCUAGCAGAGUUCAUGAAAUCAAGACAGAGGCCAAAUCCUAGUUCUUCACCACAGCAGAACAGCAACUCUGUUGACGUAAUCAGCUCUGAUUCCUACAAGGGAAGCUGCAAGACAUUUAUGGAUUCCUAUAGUUCCUCAGAUAAAGGUAAAGGAAAGGGCUUCCUGUCUGUAGGCACUUCAUCCAGCCGAAGUCAGAAUGCAGCGAAGAGAAGUCCUGCAACCUACAGUCACUCUCAGAAAAAACACAAAUGUUCCGUUUAUUACAGUAAGCAGAAACCAAACACAGUGGCUGGCAGUGCCAUUGCAGCUACCGAUGAGAAACAAAACCAGAUUGCAGAGAACCAAAUCUCAGCACCAAAAGAGGACAUUUGCACUGAUGUUGUCAGUGAGAACUGGGUAACUCUAAAAUAUGCAAAUGGCAUAAAUGUUAACAAGAAUUUAACUCUUCCAGAAGACUUUCUGGGUAAAGAAGAAAGUGCACUGAAAAAUACAGUUCUCAUUAAAAAUACUUCUUCAGAGUGUGAUCUGAAGGAAGAUCUUCAAACAUGUAUGUUUCCUAAGGAAACUAACCUUAAAACUUCAGAAAAUCUAGUUGAGCUCAAAGAACAGGAGUUCUGUCCUGUGAAGAUGUCCAAGAAGCUACCUGAAAGUCACUUGUCCAGAAAUUCACCUCAGCAACAGCCAGAACUGCAAGAAAUUUCUGGGAAAAAUAGUG